CCUCUUCUCCUGCUCUCCUGAUCCUGGCAUUUGCCCUGCACUGAGAUACCGAGAUCUUGUUCCCUCAUCCACCUGGGGAUUCUGGGAACACCGGGAAGCCCACGUGGCCUUAGUACCGAGGACUUGGGAGACCUGCUGGACUGUGCAGUCCUGGGCAGUGCAGCUGAGGUGCAUUCUUCUGAUCCUGUCGCUCCAGGGCUUUGAGGUGGCCUCCAGAGUCGCCCCACAGCUCGCAGGUGGCGUGUCCCUGCCCAGCAGCGCCUGCAGAGUCAGAGAAAGUGAGCUGGAGACCAGGGGCUUUGCUCCAACGGGACCCUGGAAGUACCGAGCGCCUUGGGUAAGGGCUGGAUCUCUGCCAAGGCAGGCAGUGGGGGCAGGAGGCGGAACCCAGUCGGCGCUGGAGGGGAGGGGUGGGAAGAGCUCCUGACUGCGGAGGGCGGCUCCAGUUGCAGAGGGGCAGGUGCUGGUGGGAGAGGGCGGGACCCGGUGUCUAGGUUGCCCAGGCAGAGCAGGGGUGCCCUGGGUCCAGCCCUAAGAAAGAGAGGAUGGGAGGGCUCCUGGCUGUGGGGAUCAGGAAGGGAGGGCUCCCGGCUGCUGCGGGGUUGCAGACGAUGGUGGGAGGGGCUCCGGCUGCAGUGGCCCCAGCAGGGGUGUCGGACAAGACGAAAGGGGACCUUCUCCUUGCAGAGGUGAAGGGCUGCAUGGUGGGGGUUCUGAGUCGUGGCCUGGAAGACGUGAACUGGCCAGGGAGGAGAUCCAGGUCGGUGUGGGGGGCGGUGCGGUGGGCUGUCUGGCACCAGUGUCCCUCUCUCCCCUUUGCACCCACAGGCCUCCACUGCAGAGCCUGCGACAGUCUGCGCGCCCCUGUGCGAUCGCGCCCCUCCCCCGCAGGUAUCCGCGAUGGCACUGGCUAUGCUUCGUGGCUGGUGCAGGUGGAUGGGCGUGGAUGCUCAGCGCUCGCUGCUCAUCCUGGGCAUUCCCCACGACUGUGAGGAGCAGGAAUUCCAGGAGGCCGCGCAGGCUGCCCUCCAGCCCCUGGGCAGAUACCGAGUGCUGGGCAAGGUGUUCAGAAAGGAGUUGAGAUCCAAGGUCGCCUUGGUGGAGAUGGCUCAGUAUUUAAACCGAAGUGUGAUCCCCCGACAAAUACCAGGCAUGGGAGGACCCUGGACUGUGGUCUUCCUGCCCCAGGCCCCGGAAUCAGAGUCAGAGGAUACACUCAAUUUCCUUGCACAGACCCGGAGGCAAGCAGGGGUUGCCCUGGCAGGCGAGGCAGGAGCUGGGGAUGGGGCAGGAGCUGGAGGCAAGGCAGCUUCUGGAGGCAAGGAAGGGGCUGGAGGCGGGCAGCGUCUGGAGGCGGGGCAGCAGCAGGAGGCGGGGCAGGAGCUGGAGGUGAGGAAGGAAGUGAGGCAGGAGCUGAAGGUGAGGAAGGAACUGGAGGCGGGGCAGGAGCUGGAGGCGGGGCAGCGGCUGGAGGCGGGGCAGGAGUUAGAGGCGAGGAAGGAGAUGGAGGCGGGGCAGCGGCAGCGGCUGGAGGCGGGGCAGGAGCUAGAGGCGAGGCAGGAGCUGGAGGCGGGGCAGCGGCUGGAGGCAGGGCAGCAGCUGGAGGCGCAGAAGGAGCUGGAAGUGAGGAAGGAACUGGAGGCAAGGCAGGAACUGGAGGCAAGGCAGUGGCUGGAGGCGGGGCAGCGUCUGGAGGCGGGGCAUGAGCUGGAGGCAAGGCAGAAGCUGGAGGCGGGGCAGCGGCUGGAGGCGAGGAAGGAGCUGGAGGCGGGGCAGCAGCUGGAGGCGGGGCAGCAGCUGGAAGCCUGGCAGAGAAGGAACUGGAAGCGAGGCAGUGGCUGGAGGCGAGGAAGGAGCUGGAGGCAGGGCAGCCACUUGGGCCAGGCAGGGCCUGAAGAGGAAACAGGAGAGUCAGAUGAGGAGGGAGCCGCUGGGGACGCAGGAAUUGCAGGUUUGUUAGGAUCUGUGAGUGUGGCAGGAGCUGCAGGUGAGGCGGGACCUCCAGGUGAGGAAGGAGCUGUGGGUGUGGCAGGAGCCUUAGGUGCGGGAAGAUCCCAGACCCAGCCUUGGAGCCCGGCCUGGCAGCCUGUGCUGGAAAACAGGGCCUCUAUGAAACUGAGAACCUUUCCUGGAGUGGAAGAGCCACGCCGAGAAGAAGAGUCCUUUGAGAGCUGGCUGGAUCACGCCAGCGGCAUGCUGUACCUGUGGUGCCACAUCACAGAAAGGGAGAGGAGGAGGCGGCUGAUGGAGAGCUUGGGUGGCCCCGCACUGGAUCUCGUGUGCGGCCUCCUGGCAGAAAACCCUGACGUCCCUGCACAGGAUUGCCUGGCCGCGCUGGUGCAGGUGUUUGGGAGGAAGGACACCCCCACGACCGCACGGCUGAAGUUCCUGACCUGUGGCCAGCGGCUCCAGGAGACUCUCUUCGUCUAUGUGAUUCGCCUGGAAGGCCUGCUGCAGUCGGCCGUGGAGAAGGGGGCCAUCCCUUCCAGCCUUGCGGACCAGUUACGCGCCCAGCAGGUGCUGAUGCGGGCCCGCCCCAACGAGAUGCUCGAGGACAAGCUGAGGAGGAUGCGGCUGGACAGGAGACCGCCUGGCUUCCUGGGGAUGCUGCGGCUCGUUCAGGAGACCGAGGCAUGGGAGGCCACCGCAGCUAGGAGCGAGCACUGGCAAGUGGAAGAGGGGGCCCGUGUGGGCACCGGAGGCCUGGCCGCUGCCCGGGCCAGUGGAGAGGUUGCCGAAGCCUCCCCAGCCAGGGAAGAUGCUUCCCAGGCUGCCCUGGCCAACCUAGGGGCCAGCGAGGCCGUUCCUGGCAGUGCCGAAGCUGAUACGGCCGCUCCUGAAGCCCGUGAUGCCGCCAGGGCAGCCCUCGUCCCUGAGGAGGCCCCCAAGAUCUUCCCUGCCACGCAGGAAGAUGAAAAUGCUCCCGCCUCUGCGGGCCUAGAUCAGGCAAGGCCCUCAGAGGCCCCUGGGGGCCCCACCCCUGCCCAGAUGGGCAGCGCUUCCAGGGAGGGCCCGGGAGGUCCUGGCUGUGAGCCGGAGGGCCUCGCCCAGGCAGGAGACCAGGAGGCUGGGGAGCCCCUGGAGGAGGGGCCCAAGCCCAUCCCAGAGGAGUCGGGAAACGAGGACGGGGCUGGGGAGGUGAGGCCCCCCAAGUCCUCCUGGGGCAAAUAGGCCCAGAAGGCCCAGGGGCCCCCUCUCCUCUCAGGUAGCAGCGCUCUGGAGGCAGGGGGAGGCCACGCCAGGGCAGCAGCCUCUCCCCACAUGGAGGCAACAACCCACCCAGCCCAAAUUUCCAGGACCCCAUCUUUCCAAGGCACCCUGGCCACCACCAUCAGCCCUUCCAACGGACCAGGACGACCAUACUUGAUGCAGAGUGGGGCAGGGAGAGGUGCCCCCUCCCAUGGCAGCUCCGCCCCAGCCCCAGCCCCAGCCCGAAACCCUGCCAGUCCAGGCAGCCAGCCUGGGAAGCACCCCUGAGUGGCUGGCCCUAGCCUAGGUGAGGGGCACCUGAAAAUGUGUGCCACCCACACUGGCCUGGGAGAUGUUAGGGGCCGUUUCAAGGGUGCCGGCCCCUCGGGCCGCCCAAGAGGGGGACCCUCAUGCACUGACCCGUGGAGCACGUCACUCCACGCUCUGAGAAGCCCACUUGUGCCUCUGUAGGCCCCUUACUGACCCCCCGUGUCGAGUGGCACCCCCAGCUCCCCCUACACGCACCCUAGUUACCAUUCCCGUGCAGAGCCCUGAGGUGUGCAGGAGCCCGCGGCGGGUGUCCUGGCCUGACGCAGCAGCCACCUCUCAGCCCCCCCGGUGUGUGGCACGAGCUUCAGUGCGAGCCCAGGCUCUGCUCGCUGUCGUGCGGUGUCGUGAGCUCAGCCCCUGCUUCCUCGCUGUAGGUUUAGGCCAACUGCUGCUUGUUCUUGUGGAGAUGUGUGUGUGUUCUUAUCUGAGCAGCCGCCCCCACCCCGCCCCGGAGACCUGUCGAAGCCCAGUCCCAGGAGAUGGCGGGAAGGACAGAAGAAGGCAUGGCUGGUGCUGACCCCGCGACCUCAGGAAGGAGGCACUGGACCAAGGACAGAGGUGGCCUGCGGGAGUCUCCGUGGAAACCGUGCUGUGAUGUGCCACUCUCUUGUUACUUGUGACUGAGUUUCUUCGGCUUGUCCGAGUGCCCCAUGCUGCGUUUUGCAGCGUCCUGUGACUGUCCUGUGCAGGCCAUAGGGCUGGGCCAGGCCCCAGCAUGUCAGCCAGAGGGGAGAGUGCCCUGGAGUGAGGGGCCGUGGCCAGCGUCCAUCAUCCUGGCCAGAGGCCGAUCGUGGGGCCCUCAGGAAGGGAGGCUAUGGUGGGGGGGCCACGGUGUUGGGGGGAACAGAGGCACCUCAUUUGGGACCCCAAGAGGAGGGGGGCUGUGACCUGUGGGCUGUAGCGGCUGUUCGGCGUUCCUCUCCGUGUUGUCACUCCUUCUCUUCAAUGGUUGCAGUAAAUGUUUCUGUUCAAUAAAGUUCAUUGAAUGUUUGAGCUGAGUCUCACUUCUGCUGUGGGCAUUUGAGGGAAGGGUCUCUUCAAUGGGUUCAGUAAAUGUUUCUCUUCAAUAAAUUUCAUUGAAUGUUUGA